ACUAUAUAAAGGCGUCAGCUGCGUCAAUUGCCUCAAUAGACCCCAGUCAUGGUAUUCAUCGUGUUCCUCACAUUUUGCUUGCUGGCAGUCAGCGCGCUGCCCAUUGAGGAGCAUGCGAGUCGCAUUCACGGCGAGAACGGCUGGUUUGUGCCACAGGUGGGCGAUGACUUCAAGUGGCUGACCUUGGGGGAGGCUCAAGGUCAAUUGGCCGCCUAUGAAUCACUCAAUAAUAUGGAGAUCGCUGAGCAUUUUUCCAUUAACGCGGUUAGCUUCUACUUGUACACGCGACGCAAUCCGAAGGAGGGACAGCUCAUUACGGCCACAGCGGAAUCCAUUGAUGCUUCCAACUUUGAUGCCACUAAUCCCACUAGAUUCACCAUACACGGCUGGAACUCCAACUACAAGGAUGGUCUCAACACCGGCGUGCGCGAUGCCUGGUUCCUGUCCGGCGACUAUAACAUGAUUGCUGUGGAUUGGGCACGUGGACGUUCACUGGAAUAUGCUUCUUCCGUGGCAGCGGCGUCGGGAGCGGGCCAGAAAAUUGCCCGCAUGGUGGACUUUUUGGUCAGAGACUAUGCGAUGUCCCUGGAGACACUCGAAGUGGUGGGCUUCAGUCUAGGUGCACAUGUUGCCGGCUAUGCCGCCAAGCAGGUGUCGACUGGCAACGUAUAUAAGGUGGUGGGUCUCGACCCCGCCUCCGCGCUGAUCAGCUAUGACAAGCCAGAAAAACGCUUGUCCAGCAAUGAUGCCUAUUACGUGGAGACGAUUCAAACCAAUGGCGGCACUUUGGGCUUCAACAAGCCCAUUGGACGCGCCACUUUCUAUCCGAAUGGUGGCAAAUCACAGCCAGGCUGUGCUUUGGACUUAACCGGCAGCUGCUCCCACAAACGCUCCGUGACCUACUAUGUGGAGUCGCUGCGCAUGAAUAACUUCCCGACCAUCAAGUGUGCUUCGUAUCAGCAGGCACACAAGAAGGAUUGCGGCAGCACCUACAGCUCCGUGAAGAUGGGCGCCAACGAAAAUAUACAUGUGGCCGUGGGCGACUUCUAUGUGCCCAUUAACAAGCAGUCGCCAUAUGGCUUGGGCGAACCCAUUGAAGAAGGUGGAGAGACAACAACACUGCAGCCCACAACAAUUGUUGAGGAAAAUAAAACAUCGACUUCUCCCAGCGAGGAGGAGACUGAAACAUCAACUUCUUCCAGCGAGGAGGAGACUGAAACAUCACCUACGCCCAGCGAAGAGGUAAACGACAGCUCCAGCACCGCCACGCCGCCAGGAAUUGUAACGACCCCCGCGCCCGAGGACGACAAAGACAAAGGUUGUAAGACGAACAUUUAUAUCCUGAAUUUAAUAUUCGUCAAUGCGCAAAUUAACAAGAGUCAGGACUAAGCCCACAAAUGGGCUGUAGCAAAGACUUCCAAGUUGAUCAAUAAAGCGAACAUGAAAUCGAA